AAGAGAGCUGCUGUAAUAUCCUGGAAUUUGUUAGAAGAAUCAGUGUUCACUUUCUGGACAGCAAUAUCACAUGCUAAAAUCCCCUGUCAAUGGUGGAAACAAUUUUAAGAAAGAUCUUGUGUUCUCUUUCCAAGGUAGAAUCCCUACAUAGAAGAAAUGGACAGAGGGAACGAAACCACAGUCAUCCAGAUGACUGAAUUUAUUCUUGUGGGGCUCACAGACAAGUCAGAACUACAAGCCCCACUCUUUCUGUUGUUCCUCCUCAUCUACACUGUGACUGUGGUGGGAAACUUGGGCAUGAUCAUCCUAACCAAGAUUGAUUCCCAUCUGCAAACUCCCAUGUACUUUUUCCUCAGGCACCUGGCACUUACCGAUCUUGGUUAUUCCACCGCUAUUGGUCCAAAAAUGUUGGUCAAUUUCGUAGUAGAAAAAAAUAUCAUCUCCUACAACUGGUGUGCAACCCAGCUCUUUGUCUUUAUGACAUUCAUGAUCAGUGAAUUUUUCAUUCUGUCUGCCAUGGCAUAUGACCGCUAUGUAGCUAUCUGUAAGCCCCUACUCUAUAUGGUCAUUAUGUCAGAUAUUGUGUGUUUGGCCUUGGUGGCCAUCCCUUACAUUUAUAGCAUCUUUGUGUCAUUGCUCAUCGUAGUUAAAAUUUUUACUUUAUCCUUUUGUGAUUCAAAUGUAAUCAAGCAUUUCUACUGUGACACUCUUCCCCUAUUGUCCCUUCUAUGCUCGGACACACAAGAAAUAGAAUUAAUUGUAUUUAUUUUUUGUGCUUUAAAUUUGCUUUCCUCUCUCAUGAUUGUUCUCAUCUCCUACAUGCUCAUCCUUGUGGCCAUCCUCAGGAUGAAUUCUGCUGCGGGCAGGCACAAAGCUUUUUCCACCUGUGGCUCCCAUCUCACUGUUGUGGUUGUGUUCUAUGGGACUCUUCUCUUUAUGUACUUGCAGCCACAAUCCAGCCACUCCUUUGAAACGGACCAAAUGGCUUCUGUGUUUUAUACCUUGGUCAUUCCUAUGCUUAACCCUUUGAUCUACAGCUUGAGGAACAAAGAGGUGAAAAAUGCCCUUAAAAGAACCAUAGAAAAUCAAUGCAAAUUCAUUCUGUAAUAUACCAAGAAGAAAAAAAAAAUAUCUUUCAGCUUAAAAGAGGCAAGCACACCUCUCCCAUCUCCUUUUAAGUAACUUAUGUGUCUGAGGGGGAAAAUUCUCAUCAUUUUCUCCUGAAUCAAAUAGAAUAUCAUUAGUUAUAAUUAGUAACUCAUUUGCUUGAAUGUUUUUGCACAAAUUGUGAGUUCAUACAUUAUCAAUUUUAAGAGGGAUCUCAGAGACCAUGUAGUUCACACUAUUGCUUUGAACACAAGUCCUUUCUACUAUGAUGCACUUGCAAAAAUGACUCUCAACCAUUUGUUGGAACUUUGAAAGAAAACUAAAUAAAACAAAACAUUACUGUGUACUACAGCAAUCCUUUUUGUUGUUCAUAAUUUUAAUGUUAGGGAGUGUUCCUGGAUACAAUGAGUUAUUUCCCUUAUUGAGAUCCUCUUGUUGUUCCUAAUUCUGCCUUUGGGAACCAGACAUUUUCAUUUUUUUUGUGACAUCCAUAAAAUCAUCUGGAUCAUUAUCAUACCUCCCAUUCUACUACAGCUCAAAACCUUGAUAUUGCUCUCACCAGGUUAACUCACCAGAUUCAGUACUUUCAACCAGUCUUCCUAUGGUAGAAAAUCUUUCCCAGUAGACUUGAUCUAAGUUUGCUUUCUAUCUUAUCCUUGUCCACAAAAUGUGAAACUUAGGAGGAAAUACAUAUUUUUAAAUGAAUCAUCUGACAUGGUACUUAUUGAUUUGACUCACUAGUCUACGAGACAGUAUAUCUCUUAAAGCAAACUAAGAUCAAAUUAGUUUUAUCGACUGAUACCUCAUAUUGUUCAUAUUAAUAAUAAACAAUCAAUAAAACUUAUAAAAUGCUUAUUUUAUAAAAUUUUUUACAUGCUAUCUCAUUUAAUCCUCAAAGUUAGGGUAAGGCCAAUGCUAUUAGUGGUCCCAUUUUGUUGAUGAGAAAACUGAGGUCAACAAAAAGACAUGUCCUGGCCAUGAUAAAAUAGAUUGUAAAUGACUGAUAGGAGAUUUCAAAAUACUCAUUUUGGUCUCUGAGUCCAGUAUUCAAUCCACUUUGUCCCCUGUUUGUGUAUAAUAAGAAUGUGAUAAUGUACAUCUACAUCCAGAACUUAUUUCAAAAUGACCGCCAGGUCAUUUUGGACUUGUGAAAUUAUAGGUUUUAACUCAAGCUUAGUGCUUUAAUGUCAGUGACUUUUCAUCACAUUAGCAUGUAGAGGGAAGGAGGGAGACAGAGACAAAUACAGACAGACAAAGGCAGACACAGAGAAAGGAAGUGGAAGCAGAGAAUGUGUGUCUUGCUGUGUCAGACAGAGAGAUUGGGAAAGUUCUGUCUUUAAAACUAAUAAUUCUGCAUGAGAUGGUGUUCUGUAUUAUUCUGUUUUUAGUCCUCAAAUAUGUUACCUUUUUUGAUAAAAUAAUAGGAGACUUUAAUUAUGAAUUGGCAGGAGUGGUUGGGCUCAAUGGGAGUAUGUAAAAUAAAGAGAAGAUAUGGCUUCUAGUUGCCUGCUGAUGGGAUGUGAAAUGUGCUAAUAAUAAGCUCUACUGGAAUGUUUCACUUCAUUUUAGUGUUGUUUUUUUAAUGCUCAUGCUUCUGUCCUUGGGAACUACAGAGACCCCUCACAGUCCCCCAUGCAUACCUUCCCUAGAGUCUGAUAAGAAAGCUAAUUCAUUUAGUUAAUAACUCAAUGUCAUUAAAACCGGUAACUCUAUUAUUCCCUAUAUGGUUCCCUUGUCUAAUAUUCAUUUGUGUUCUGUAGUUGGCAACAUUCUCUCCAAUAGUUGUUGUUGCUCAGCACAUCAGUUCUUUUGUUAUAAAUUUCAUUUUAAAGCAUUCCAAUUCAUUGUACUUAUUGGAAAAAUAGUAUUUUAAAAUAUUUAAAUUUCCCCCAUAUAGAAAUCCUUUAACAAACCAGAAAAAGCAAUAAAUUAUAGACUAGUAUUUGAAUGCAUGGCCAAAUAACCUUCCCAACAAUCAAAAUGUGUGAGCAAUAAGAACUUAUAUACUUCUGUAAUUCUU